GGGGCCAGGCCGGCGCCGCGCUGGGUGAAGGCGCUGGGUGAGCCGCUCAGCGCGGCGCAGCUGCGGCGGCUGGAGGAGCACCGCUACACCGCGGUCGGAGAGUCGCUGUUCGAGCCGCCGCUGCAGCUUUACUGGACCUGGCUGCUCCAAUGGAUCCCGCUCUGGAUGGCCCCCAACACCAUCACCCUCAUCGGCCUCGCCAUCAACCUGCUCACCACUCUAGUGCUCAUCUUCUACUGCCCUACGGUCACGGAGGAGGCACCAUACUGGACAUACUUUUUAUGCGCCCUGGGACUCUUCAUCUACCAGUCACUGGACGCCAUUGAUGGGAAGCAAGCCAGAAGGACAAACUCUUGUUCUCCUCUAGGGGAACUGUUUGAUCAUGGCUGUGACUCUCUCUCCACGGUAUUUAUGGCCAUUGGCGCUGCAGUUGCUGUUCGCCUGGGGACGCACCCUGACUUGUUGUUCUUCUGCUCCUUUAUCGGCAUGUUUCUGUUUUACUGCGCUCACUGGCAAACCUACGUCUCAGGAGUCUUGAGAUUUGGAAGAGUGGAUGUAACUGAGAUUCAGGUAGCUUUAGUGGUCAUCUUUAUAUUGUCUACAUUUGGAGGAGCAACAAUGUGGGACUAUACGAUACCUAUUCUAGAAAUAAAACUGAAGAUCUUUCCAGUUCUUGGAGUAGUGGGUGGAGCAAUCUUUUCCUGUUCAAAUUAUUUCCAUGUGAUCCUCCAUGGCGGUGUUGGCAAGAAUGGAUCUACUAUCGCAGGUACCAGUGUCUUGUCACCUGGACUCCACAUAGGAUUAAUUAUUAUAUUGGCAAUAAUGAUCUAUAAAAAGUCUGCAACAAAUGUGUUUGAAAAACACCCUUGCCUUUAUACCUUAAUGUUCGGAUGUGUCUUUGCUAAAGUUGCACAAAAAUUGGUGAUAGCCCACAUGACGAAAAGUGAACUGUAUCUUCAAGACACUGUCUUUGCUGGUCCAGGUCUUUUGUUUUUAGACCAAUACUUUAAUAAUUUUAUAGAUGAAUAUAUUGUUCUGUGGAUAGCAAUGGUCAUUUCUUCAUUUGAUAUGAUGAUAUACUUUAGUUCUUUGUGCCUGCAAAUUUCAAGACACCUUCAUCUAAGUAUCUUCAAGACUUCAUGUCAACAAGCACCUGAACAGGUUCACAAGCAUAUUGACUGACUAGUAGCCCAAGGAAAAGAGGAGAAGCAGUUAGGGGAACUAUGUGUGAAGGAAACCCCCCUAUGCAGGAGGUUCAAGUUCUUUCUUCAAAGACUCAUCAGAAUAACAUGGAUUGAAGAGACUUUCGAACAUUUGCCAUCUCUUGUUGCUGCUGUUUCAUGAAAGGAGAUAUGAAACAUGUUUAAUUUUUAGUUAAAUGUUAUAAAAGUUUUAGCAAAUAAAACAUUUCAGUGCCUCCAUUAA